CGUGUAAUCAUUUUCGAGUGCCCUAAUUUUAAACGAAAGUGAAAACUGCGGCGGCGUCAGGGAGCAAAUGGUGAGUGGCGAUCUCCGUGACGAGGACGAGAUAGACCACAAGGAAAUGCGCCUAAUCGGCGAAAAUGAAGGUAACGAUGCAUCGGAGGAUCUUCAGAAGCAUCGCAUCCGUUCGAUCGAAUCAACGGUUGUGAUUCGUCAGUUACCAUCUCAAGGCAUCUCCUUCAAGCUCUGGCUUCCUGCGAAAACUCUCGUCACGCUUCUCGAUAACUACCGUCGUGAUCCGAGCAACAGCCCCCUCACUAGCUCACUCUUGAGUAACGGCUCAGAUUCUCCUCGGAUCAACAUCGUGGAGCUCGGAUCUGGAACCGGAAUCGUCGGAAUCGCGGCGGCUGCGACGCUAGGUGCUAACGUUACGUUGACGGAUCUCCCAAACGUUAUCGAGAAUCUCAGAUUCAACGCCGACGCGAACGCUGAACUCGUGGCUAGAUUCGGUGGGGAAGUCCACGUGGCGCCAGUUAGGUGGGGAGAAGCUGGUGACGUGGAGGGCGUUGACUUAAUUUUAGCGUCUGACGUGGUUUACCACGAGCAUCUUUAUGAUCCAUUACUCAAAACGCUGCGUUUGAUGCUUUUGGGUAAGGACGGUCACAAGAGAGUGUUCCUUAUGGCUCAUCUUAAGAGAUGGAAGAAAGAAUCGGUUUUCUUCAAGAAAGCUAGGAAGGUUUUUGAUGUUGAUGUGAUACACUGCGAUGAUCCUCAAGAAGGUUGUAGAAUUGGAGUUGUAGUUUACCGUUUUACCCCGAAAGAUCAUAUAAUUACCAGAUCAUAAUCAAAUGUUGAUAAAUGAAGGUUGAGUAUUUGGUCUUAUUAGUGAUUUCCUGAAUCACUUCUUGUAGCUCACUUACCGAUCGUCAUCUUGUUCAAGAAACACACAAACGAAUCCAAAAAUCAC